UGUUAAGGAACCAUCUAAAGCAAACAGAAAACACCCCAAAAUGAAAAAGUGUAGUAAAUCUAAUAUUCUUUAUCAAGAUGGAUAUUGGGAAAAAUGGCUACAUUAUCAUGCUUAUCCUCAAUUUAUGUGGAAUUAUCAUAUCAAUUCCCGUAAUAGUUAUCCCCCUCGUAACAGCUAACAAAUUUUGUCGUGAAACAUCAAUGUCAAUGUUUUUAAUUGCUGGAAUUAUGAUACUAACAUGGUCAUUGGCUGGUUUUGUAAGUUCAAUAUGUUGUUGGAGAAUUGGUUUUCAUGAAUUUGUUUAUAUGAGGUCACAAGUUUUUAUACUUUUUAUAGUAGUUCUUUUGGGGACAAUGGCAUGGUGGCAAUCAAGAACAGAUUCACGUUUGUUCACAUAUUAUGAUUGGGAUACUUUCAAGAAUUGUAUGAUAAAUAAACAAAUUUGUCAGAGAAAUUUAGGACAUGGAUUGGAAAGAUUAUCACCAUUUGCUUCACGUCCUCUUCAGGACGCUUGUUGCAAGUAUCCCAUGAUAUGUGACAAUGGUAAAAAUAAAUCAGAAAACAAGCGCCCAAACUCGCGUGAUCCUUUUACUUGGAUGGAAACAUAUGAUGGUCUUCCUGUCACUGAUAAUCAAGAAAACAAGUCUAGUGGAACUAUCGAAGAUUGUCGUACAUGGAAUAGUGAUUCCAACAAGCUUUGCUUCGAGUGCUAUGAAUGCAAAAAGACUUAUUUGGAGAAACAAGAUCAAAAUUGGGUUACUGCACUUUCAAUUUGUGUUAUUAAUAGUGUUGUUCUCCUUUCAUUUUCUUGUUACUUCUAUAGCAAGAAUUUUGAGGAGCCUGGUCGCGGAAAAUCAAAAAGCAGCAAAGUCCAUCCAUCUGAUGUAUAGGAAUGUGUUGUGUAACAACAUAUAAAGAUGUUACGUAUUGUGUAUCAUAUGUACGUAAGUUUGUGUUAAAAUUUGUUGUUUCUUCUUGGGAGGAUACAUAGUUACUCUUUUAACCUGUACGUAUUUUUCAAGAAGAUACUGAAACUUUGUAGGAGUUCUAUGACUCCCUAUUGUUAUCUAAAUUGGUAUAAAUAUCACAUUUUGUCCUA